CAUGGCCUGAUGACAAUGCUGACGUCGGGGUACAGGGUCCACUUUUUCUUCAAUACAACUCUCUGUCAAGCCACGGGAAGCGAAAUCCCACAGCAGAAAACACCAAUUUUUGGAGGAAAAAUCCAAUAUUUCGAAGCUUUUCCUCCCAGAAAGUUUGACAAUGGUAAAAUUAUAUUCACUCAAAUGCUCUACGUCCAAGAAGGAUGGAAAGAUUACGAUGAAAUCUUCAACACUGACAUGAAAGAUAUAUCAGUUUAUCCUGAUAAACCAGUCCAAAUUCUGCUGGACAGACCUACAGUCAAUCUAAAUGAUACUAGGGGGAUGCACGGGGCCUCCUGCAAAUGGGAUGAGGGGAGACCUAGUAACACCAUCAAUUUUUCCGUUUUGAAACGCGUUGAACCUGAAUUAGUGACCUCAUUUGACAGCCUUAAAAAGAAACUAAUUACAGGAGAGGAAAUCCGAAUGGUCACUAACACUUCGGGAUGCAACUGCACGUACAACGAUUGCAGGAAUCUGACUUUUGGUGGCGAUAUCAAAGAUUUUCAGGUACAAGAUGACGGCACUUUGACGUUUUCCCUUUAUAAGCCUAUGUUUUUGGGUGUUCCUUUUGACCAUCCAAUGUUUUACCGGGACAUCACUUUCGGUUACUUAUUCCCCAACAGUACCACCAAAUUUGUCUACACUUACCUGGACCCAAUGAACUGGAUGAUUUUGAACGAAAUCAACAUCACAUGUCCAUUUGGAAAAUCUAAAGGACUGGCAAAUUUUUAUACAUUUGAUUAUUAAAUAGUUAC